CCCCGCGCUGGGGGCCUUUGGCACAUCAUCGAGACGUAGGUACGAAGUACUAAGGUACUGCAGGAACCUGCUGCCUACCUCGAGUACAGGUAAUCAAGGUACUAAGAUAGAUGCGUACGAGGUACUUCGCAGAGACCUCGGCUCUUGCUGCAUCAUACAAUCACCCGCCACCAGCAUCGCGGAAACAAAGCCACUGGUAAUCAAUCCGGCGGCUUUGGGUUAAAGACGUUGCGCGCAAGCCCGAGCGCACGACUGCAUCCUCGAGACAGAUAGGGAUGCUGCGCGCCCCCUUCGGAAGUGCAGUGUCGCCAGCAGCAGCAGCAGCAGCAGCAGCAGCAGCAGCAACCGUCGUCGCCGCCGCCGCCGCCGCAGCGUCACCAGCCUCAGCAGCGACACCAGCCGCGCGCAGCGUCCAAAGUAACGUGAGGAGCAUCUGACUAUUCUUCCGCGGGCCGCGUCACCUCAUCACGAUGGCAAGUCGCCAUCUUGCUUCGUUGCCGCCUGUCGAGCGCCUUAGCCCGGCGUGCAUCCGCAUCUUGGGGGGGAACCCAGGCAAGUUUACGCUCCAGGGGACCAACACCUAUUUGCUCGGCACGGGAAGGCAGCGAAUCCUCGUCGAUACUGGCGAGGGCCGCCAUGCAUGGCUGGAGUCGCUCAAGAGGACCCUCGAGUCCGAGGCGGCCACUGUUCAGACCGCCCUCAUGUCCCAUUGGCAUACCGAUCACACGGGCGGCAUCGCCCAAUUGCUGAGCCUUGUCCCAGACGUCGCCGUUUUCAAAUCGGACCCGGCACCCGACCAGUCGCCCAUCAAGGAUGGCCAGGUCUUUCGCGUCGACGGGGCCACACUCACGGCGGUGCACACGCCAGGCCACACAACCGAUCAUGUGGUCUUCAUCUUGGAAGAGGAGGACGCCAUGUUCACCGCCGACAAUGUUCUUGGCCAUGGCACCGCCGUCUUCGAGGAUCUCUUAGUCUAUCUUGCCAGUCUUUCCAAGAUGCAGACACUUUUCUCAGGCCGAGCGUAUCCCGGCCAUGGUCCGGUCGUUGAGGAUGGGCCCUCGCGCAUCGCCGAGUACCUUGCCCACCGGAGGCAACGCGAACAACAGGUUCUAGAGGUCAUGUCUUCCAAUGCGUCGGCUUGGACCGUCAUGGAUAUCGUCAAAGUGGUGUAUCGGGACACCCCAGAAAGCCUCCACGCAGCCGCCCAUGGAGGUGUCGUACAAAUAUUGGACAAACUGCAGCGCGAGGGUCGUGUUGCUGCCGCCGGUGACGAAUGGCGUCUUGUUGGCGACAGGCCUGCGCUUUGAGUGUAUUAUAUCAUGGCCCAUACUUCGUGUACUUACCUCUUAUCUUUGUACUAUGAACGACGCUGUUGAUGACGUUUGGCUCGGGAGCCCAGGUCCCGUCGUCACUCCAGCUCUGGCGUUGGAGUGACCCGUCGCCCACGAGCCGACCGGACCCCCGCUAAUAACCGGCUCCGGACAUUGCGCCUAAUGUCGAGCGGGUUUAAGUCCUGGCAGGCGAGACACUAUA